UUUUGCACGUGUAUGUCUUAUAGAGCAAGAGGAAGACUGAGCAGCAAGCCAUAAAGGCGUAGUGUUGAGAAAGAGCUGCUAUCAGUCUGGGUAUAGAAAGUGGAAAAUCAGAACACUGGCUUGCCAAAGCUCAGACUGCCUGAGAAACUUCUGAAACAGCGAGAGGCGGAUAUCAGAGGAGGCAGGACAGCUAGCUCACCCGUGUUCCCAGUGUAGAGCAUACACAGUGAAGAGCAAAAGGCUGCCUGCAGUACAAAGUUGAAGUCAAGGUAAAGAGAGAGAGGGCGAGAGGGAACAGAACAGCUGGAAGACGGGAGCAGAACAAAAAGAGGAUCUGGAGAGAAACUGUGAUGGAAAAACUGAAUGUCUACCAUGGACCCAUCGGUAAAGAAGAAGGAGAGCGUCGACUGGCCCAGGACGGGCGGGAUGGGUGCUACCUAGUCCGUAACAGUGACUCUGUGCCAGGCGUCUACUGCCUGUGUGUGCUGUGCCACGGGUUCGUCUACACAUACAGACUUCACAAGGACGAUGCAGGGACAUGGGCCGCAGAGACCACUCCUGGUGUGCAGAAGCGAUAUUUCCGGCAAAUCAAAAACUUGAUUUCAACUUUCCAGAAGCCCGGACAAGGAAUUGCCAUGCCUCUGCUCUACCCCGUCACCGCUCAGAAACGGGCACAAACAUACACAGAGGCACAGACGCCCAGUAAUAGCCUGUCAGCGACACACAGCAGCCCCGAUUCUUACCUCCAGCAGCGGCUGCAGCAUGCUGCCGAGGGACAGAAAAAUAUGAAAAAGAAGGAGGUGCGGCAGGCUGUCGGUUAGGGGCAAACCCAGAGCUCUCCAUUGACCUAAUUAUACACAAAACGCUGUUUUUUGCGUGGUGCCUGCUGUUGCAUUUUUCACGCAGUGUGAGAUAUAAAUGUCAUUUCUUUCCAAUUAAGCAGCUCCUGUUAGUUAAAUCUAAGACAUUUAAGAUCUAGCAGUGCCUCAGAUCUCCUUCCAGUAACUCUUUUUUUCCCCUUCAUACGAGGACGAGAAAGUGCCUCAUAACUUGCAGAGCUGUGGUGUAAAAUAUUCAACUGCUGAAACAUUAAUAUCCAUUACUGCAUUCGUAAGAUGACAGCAAAUAUUGUGCUCUGUUUUCUUAAUGCAAUUUGGUUAUGUGAAUGGCAGAAAA